UUGCUGGGCGAUAUCUGGAGAUCGGCUGAGUGAAAAUAAAAUAUUUCGAUAUCAUUUUGAAGGCUUUCCUUUGCGUUCAGAAUGAGUACUGAGUCAUCGAAAUUGGAUCGUUGGAACCGGAGAUAUUCGGGCUUCAGUGGAGUUAUCAAAUCACGAAUUAUCGAAUAUCUCGAGAGAAAUCAGCCUGCGCUUCCUCACGUCCAGCGGUAUCUAAUCGCAGUUAUGAUUAAACAUCGUGACACAGUCAAUUGAUUCGGAAAUAAUUACGAUGACUGGAAACAUUAUUCUGCCUUCCAGACUGAUGGGCCGUAGGCUCAUCAGCACCACUGCGCUAAGGAAUACCCCGGUCAAGCUGGCAUACACCACUUAUGAUCAAGAGACUUCACAGGAUAAAUCCGCAAAACCUCCAGUUGUGGUGAUGCACGGGCUCUUCGGCUCUCGAAAUAACUGGAACUCAUUAUCAAAAGCCCUGAACCAACAGACAAGCCGCCGAAUAAUUGCCAUAGAUGCCCGGAAUCACGGGGAGUCACCCCAUACCUCGGAGAUGACGUACCAAGACAUGGCAUGGGAUAUUCAGCAUCUACUGGAAAAACUCAACAUCAAGGAAACCAUUCUCAUGGGACACAGUAUGGGAGGGGCUGCUGUCAUGCUGACAGCACUAACCUACCCCUAUUUAGUCGAUAAAUUGGUCGUUGUUGAUAUGUCUCCUGUCAAAACGAGUCCGAGUCUCCAGGAGAUGUCGGUUAUCAUGGCUGCCAUGAGUUCCAUUGACUUCAAGGGACUUCAGAGUCUUUCUCAGGCAAGACAACACACAGAUAAAUUCCUCUCCACAACGAUUCACUCGCCCACCCUUCGACAGUUCCUCAUAACGAACGUAAUGGAGGAUCCGCCAGGAAAUUUUAGAUGGCGAGUAAAUCUUCCAGUGCUGGUGGAAAAUUUUUCCACGCACAUCGCACAAUUUCCCACGAUAGUCCCUCGAUUAGGUGGCAAAACGUUCACAAAACCGACUCUAUUCAUCGCGGGAGGGAAAAGCGAUUAUAUAAAGAGAGAAGAUCAUCCUGGAAUAAAAAAACUAUUCCCCAAUGCUGAAUUUGUUUACAUUGAGGAUGCUGCCCACUGGUUGCACGCUGAAAAACCGGCCGAGUUUCUCAAAAUAUCUUCGGAUUUUAUCAACUCUUAAUUAAGGGGUGGUACAGUUCUAGCGAAUUAACAAAUAACGAGAAUUAUAUUGUAUCUGUAUGAAAACGUUGUUGGAGAUAUUUUUUAUAGAAAAAAUUGUGAGAAAAAUUGA